AUGGAAGACCAGCCCAUACAUAUAUUCUUUUUUAUUGCUUUGAUCUUGCUAUCAUCAAAUUGUUCUGCAGUAGAUAAUAUAUCAGCACAUCAAGAAAUCCGAGAUGGUAAAGCCACUCUUGUUUCCGAAGGUGAAAUGUUCGAAUUGGGCUUUUUUAGUCCGGGGAAGUCUAAGAACCGGUACCUGGGGAUAUGGUAUAAGAAGAUAUCAUAUGGUACUGUUGUAUGGGUUGCUAACAGGAAUACACCAAUUGCAGAUAGAUCAGGCAUGCUCAAACUCAACAAACAGGGAAACCUGGUGAUUCGUAGUGGCGACAACCCCAUGGUCUGGUCAUCCAAUUCAACGGGUAAUAAUUCGGUAGUGGUGGCGCAAAUUUUAGAUACCGGAAAUCUUGUUGUGUGGAACAAAAAUAAAAUGAUUUGGCAAAGUUUUGACUAUCCUGGUGACACACAUCUACCUGGAAUGAAAAUAGGGAAGGACUUGGUAACAGGAUCUCAAAUGUUCUUGACAUCUUGGAAGAGUCCCGAUGAUCCUUCUAUCGGUGAGUAUACAAGUAUAUACGAUACAAAUGGAUAUCCACAAAAUUUAAGGUUGCAGGGUGAAAUUAUAGUGGGGAGACUUGGACCAUGGAAUGGUCUCGGCUUUAGCGGUUUUCCUAUUGAAAAAGAAAAUCAUAUUUACUCAAUCAAGUUUGUCAUGAAUGAAAAGGAUAUCUAUGCUACAUAUGAACUUAAAAGUUCAGUUGUUCAACGGAUGGUUGUGACAUGGGAUGGCAAGUCAUUGAUUUUACAAUGGAUUGAGCGUAUCGAAGACUGGUUUGUGUAUGCAAAUGCUGAAGUUGAUACUUGUGAUCGAUAUUCACUUUGUGGUCCAUAUGGAAUCUGUAGCAUUAACAAGCAUCCACCUUGUUCUUGCAUGGAUGGUUUUGAACCAAGAAAUCCAAAAGAAUGGGAAGCAUCUGAUUGGGUAAGUGGGUGUAUACGCAAAAAGCCUCUGCAUUGUAAGAAUGGGAAUGAGAUUGGUGAUGGGGAUGGGGAUGGUUUUUGGAAAAUUGCAGGAGUGAAGGUACCAGAUACACGACGGUCAUGGUAUAAUAUGAGCAUGACCCUCGGAGAAUGUGAGAUGGCCUGUAAAAUGAACUGCAAUUGUACAGGGUAUGCAAAUUUAGACAUCCGAAAUGGAGGAAGUGGAUGUUUGCUAUGGCUUGAUGAGCUUUUGGACACCAGAGAGUAUGAUGCAGAUCAAGAUAUUUACAUAAGAAUGGCAGCCUCUGAGUUAGAAGGUCUUGUGGAUUUCGUGUCCGAAUUCAACAAAAAGAAAAGAAUACUUAUACCGGCACUUUUAACUUCAUCAGCUGUGACACUCCUCUUUGUAGCGGCAUAUGCCUAUCGAAAGCUAAAGAAACGAACACACAUGAAAAGAAGAGGAAAGUGGUAUGGGCAUGUUGAAAAGGAUAAAAGUCUGCAGAUGGAACAACUUGAUGAUUUACAAUGUUUUAGCAUAUAUGAGAUAACAAGGUCAACAUGUAACUUCAGUGUCUCCAAUAAGAUUGGUGAAGGAGGCUUUGGUCUUGUUUACAAGGGUGUGUUGGAAGAUGGAAGAGAAAUAGCAGUGAAGCGGCUCUCAGAAACAUCCCAACAAGGGCUUGAUGAGUUCAAGAAUGAAGUCACUUGUAUUGCAAAACUUCAGCAUCGGAAUCUUGUGAAACUUCUUGGAUAUUGCAUUCAUCAAAAUGAACUGAUUUUGAUUUAUGAAUACAUGACUAACAAAAGCUUGGACCGGUUUCUCUUUCAUGGAACAAGAAGUUUGAUGCUUAAUUGGCCUCAACGAUUCAAUAUAAUACAUGGGAUAGCUCGAGGUAUUCUCUAUCUACAUCAAGAUUCACGCCUCCAAAUUAUUCACAGAGAUCUCAAGGCAGGUAAUAUUUUGCUGGACGGUGAUAUGCAUCCUAAAAUAUCUGACUUCGGCCUUGCUAGAAUGUUUCAAGGACAUAAUACCACUUCUAAGACAAAUAAAGUGGUGGGAACAUAUGGUUACAUUUCUCCAGAGUAUGCAAUAAAUGGACGUUUCUCUAUAAAAUCUGAUGUGUUUAGUUUUGGUGUUCUUGUGUUGGAGAUAAUUUGUGGGAAGAAAAACAAAGAAUUCUCUCAAGGAGACCACAAUGAUAACCUUCUUGGACAUGCAUGGAGACUCUUUAAAGAAGGAAGGUCUAUUGAAUUAAUGAGUGGAUCGUUACAGGACUCACAUGUCGUCUCCGAAGUACUAAGAACGAUACAUGUUGCAUUGUUAUGUGUGCAGCAUCAUGCAGAAGAUAGACCAACGAUGUUGUCAGUGGUUCUGAUGCUGGUUAGUGAGGGAACAUUGCCUGAACCUAAACAACCAGCUUUUUUCAAUGAAGAGAGUUGCCGUGAACAUGAAACUCUUCCAUCGGUUGAUAAACGCACAAUAACAUUAUUGUAUGCUCGAUAGCAUGCACAUGUGACUAAAAAUCUUGAAAUAAUGAUGUAAUAUUGUGAACUAUCUUUCUUGUUAACAAAUGUAUUUUUUCGUGUUAUGAAUUUCACGGUGGGUCAGGCUGCUUCGGGUAAAGUGACCAAACACGAGAAAGCGUGCCUUGACAACCAACACGUGUUUAUCUUGUUUGCUUUUAAUACUUUUGGUUUUUUGGCGCCAGAGGUUAUGGACCUACAUAGUCGAGUUCAAGGGGUCAUGCAUAGUAAUGUUAUGAGCCCGAGAUCUAUGGACGUAGUUUUGCUAUUAAA